AUGGCGGUGAUGUUUGUUGUGCGUCAUACUUGUCGUGCACCAAUAAUACCACAUGGGCAUGUAGUUGAUGAUCAGUUCUCGUACCAUACACAAUUUAAAGCUGGUGAACAUGCAUUUACUGUUUGCAAUGAGGGAUAUCAUCUAAGUACCACUAAUAAUACUAAUGUAUGUCAGAAAAACAGCAAGUGGGCAUAUAGUUGGCCACAGUGCAUUAAAAUCGUAUGUACAAGUCAGCCACCAUCAUUAGAUAAUGGUCGUUUUAUAGUCCGUGGUGAAGCAGUAGGUCCUGGUAAUGGCCAGUACCGACAGGGCAGUGUAGCUAUAUACGAAUGUGAUACCUUCUAUAGUUUGAUUGAUAAUAACGUACUUACAUGCCGCUAUGGUAAAUGGACUGGUCCACCUGUCUACUGCGAUCCACUGCCCGGCUGCAACAUGCCCGAGUCAACACCUCAUGGUUAUAUCAUUAUGUCAGAACAACUGCCUAUUCCAUUUGGACACAAAGUUAGUUACCGAUGUGAAACAAAUUAUACAUUACAUGGUAGCAUCGAAAGGGAAUGUCUUUCAACCAUGGCAUGGUCAGGAAAUCCUCCGUUAUGUCUCUUGGGAGGAGGGUGUGAUGAUCCUGGAACUCCAGACCAUGGUAGUAGAUGCUGCCAAGACACUUUCAUGACAAACUCCAUCUUGGCUUUUUACUGUGAUGAAGGCUAUGAAAGAUCAGGUUCUCCAGAAAGAAGUUGUCAAUAUGAUGGAUCCUGGUCUGGUAUUCAACCAACAUGCUAUCAGGUGAAUUCUCUCAUAACUGCAUCUCCAGUGGCCCAAAGUGUGUUCUUAAACAACACUACUAUGACUGUUGUGAUAGUCACUACUGGUACAGUGCUGGGAAUGCUGAUAAUUGUCAUUCUCUUUAGCGUGAGGCGUUGUAAGUAUUGCUCUCACAGACGACGAGUCUGUCGCUCCAUCCAGAUACAGCAGAUGCGUCACAGCCGAGCUCAGGAAUUUUACAGAGGCCAUGAAGACAUUGACAGGGUGGCUCUUAUUGCAUACGCAAAUGGUUUGGAAGUAGUACUACCUUCCUACGAAGAAGCCACAGCAAGCGAAUCUAGAUCACGACCCCCAUCAUUUACUGAAUCCAGCGAAGCUGAUACCAACCACAGCAACAGUGAUCAAGCAUCCCAAUUCCGUAGACUGCCACGUGUACCCAGGAAUCUACGCCUACCUCCUCCACCACCUGUUAGUAGUAUUUUUGUUAAUCAGUUACAGAAUGAACAUCAAAAUGCUGAUCAUGAAAAUCGAGUCACUCAUUCAGCGAAUCAGGCAGAUGUUCAGGGUGAAGCUGGCAACCUGCCGGCCAGUGUGCAACCUGAAAAUGAUGUUGAGAAUGCGAGUCCACAAAGAGCUGAUGAUGAUGCUUUGUUGAAUUUGGAAACUGUACUAACCAAUAUCAAUGCUGAACACGGAAUAGAGCCAGCAGAAGUGAAUAAUGUUACUAAUGUUGAUAGUGGCGUAGAUGUUCUUUCUCACCUCACUGAGCGUGGGGUUGAUGAUGUUGAUAAUGUUGAUCAUGAAAAUGAUGAUGCAUUAUUAACUGACAUCCAGAUCAAUGAGUGUGACAGUCAUAUUUCUGUCGAUG